AUGACAACGGCUGAUGAUCGUGAUCGGGACUCCCGCGCAUCUCAUCAAAGUAAAACCACGAGCAGACAUCGCAGUAACUCUAUUACCAGCAUUCGGGGCAUUGCUAUGAGCUUUGCUUCCAGCGAGUAUGGAACCAUUGGGUCCUUCGACGCUGGGGUCAAUGUGCGUGACGUCCUUAUACGCCGUAGCACCGCGGAAUCGCGUGCCGAGGGCCUGCGUCACUUCAGAACGGACGCAUCUCAGCACACAAUUUACAAUUCCAGGCGCAUUGGGGUUGUUUUGCUUCUACUGGGCAUCUUUAACGCUGCAUUUUUCGUGCUACUACAGAUAAGGCGGGGAUUGCAUACCGAAUGCACUUUUAACGUCCCUGACAAACCUUCAGCGGCCAACGGCCAAUGGACUUACACGGUUACCCAUUCAGAUUGUGUAGGAGACGUCACUAGGUUCGCUAGCGCUCCAAAGGUUUAUGUAUACUACUCCAUUCACAACUACCCGCACCACGGAUCUGCUGUCUAUAAGCUUCAUUCAAAAGAACAGCUUGAGGGUAAAGAUGUAGAAAAGGAAGACCUUAAGAAGUGUUUCCCAUACAACGCCGUUCUUGUGGAUGGCAAGGAGAGGCUUGUCUAUCCAUGUGGCCCUCACUUGUGGUACGUGUACAAUGACACCUUCAAAUUCACAAUGAUGGAUACCUCGGCAUCACCCGUUGCCAUAGAAUUGGACGAAUCUCAGGAGCUGUUAGGAUAUCGCCAGGAGUACACCAUGGUUCGCAACCCCCCAACGCAAGAGAUCAGUCGUUCAUACAAAAACACUUACUACUGGCUUCUACCAGAAACAAAGACAAUCAAGACAGACGACAGCCCAGUGUAUAAGAUCUCCAGGCCACGAGGCGCCUAUCUCGACAUAAAGACACCCCAGCAGCUUCAGGCGUUACAGAAUUUGAUGACAUCGCCGAAGUCUGGAAUAGGCAUCGAGAACGCGCAUGUUGUACAGUGGAUGACGCCACCGCCAUUCAAAACGUUUAAGAAGUUAUACGGGUCGCUAGUUGGACCUAUUGCGUUACCUCUGUAUGUCACCGGAAACAUUGCGUAUGAUACGGAGAAAUACGGAGGGUCGAAGACCCUUUCUCUGGUCGUCCCCUCAUGGCCCUACGGAAGGCUCAUAUCAGCACAGAAUGUGCUUGGAGUACUCGCCGCUUUGUGUUUAGCGUUGUCUUUUGUACUGUUGGUUUCUAAGCCCGGUGAUCCUGGGCGAUGUGCUAACCUUCUUUGA